UUGCAACACGCAACGCAACACAACAAACAGCUUGCGAGGCAAAAUCGUUGCGCCUUUGCCUGGCCGCACGAGAAAGCUUACGGAGGGCGGGACACCAUGCAACAGAGCCCGGGGCCUACCGUGUUCGUCACCACUAGAUCUGAAAACGUAUCGGUCAAAAACCAGUGUCAAAAUUAAGAAAACCUCGUCUAUCUUUGAAAUUCAUGUUUUUACCUCUGCAGACCUCUUCAGAAUGGCCAUACAGGAAUAGAUCUGUCAGUCCCAGAGUACCAAGAAAUACGAGGAAAGAUGAUGUCUGGGCAUGUGGAAUAUAAUAUCUUAGUAGUUACCCAACUGGCUGUGUUCAAAUCUGCCAAGCACAAACCCGAAGACAAUGUUCAGUUUAUGGUUUCUAAGAAGUACAGUGAUAUUGAUGAGUUUUAUCAAAAACUUGUCACACGUUACCCACAAACCUCUCUACCACCUUUGCCAAGAAAAGUGCUUUUUGUUGGAGAAUCUGAUAUUCGAGAACGAAGAGCUGCCUUCAAUGAGAUUAUGGGGUUGAUUUCUAAAGAUGUGGCUCUCGCAUCAAGCCCUGAGUUACUGGAAUUUUUGGGAACCAGAUCUACUAGUAUCAUUGAUGUCAAGAGUAAAAACCUUCCCAAGAAGGAAGAAGAGGAUGACGAGACCGAAGGCUUUGAUUUUUUCAAAGAGGAAAAAAUACCUGAUGUCAUUUCUCAGUUCAGUUCGUUUAAAAGCCAGGAGGCCAAAAAGGAAACAGAAGAGGAAGACGGUGACGUGGAUCCACUUGGUGUCCUCAAAUCUAAAAAACUCAAGAAGCCCACAUCCUCUCCUGCUCAAGAAGGUAAAACCAAGUUAACAAUUUUUCAUGGAGAAGUGGGAGAAGAACUAUUUGGCACAUCUGAAGAUUUUUCAUCCCCCGGCAACAAGAAGAUAUUGGCAGUCAAAGAAGAUGUGAAAUUAUUUGAAGGACCAGAUCUUGGUGGAGUGGUAACUCUUGGAGAUCCACUGCUGUUGCUGACAGCCAGUGAAGACAGAGAACCUCUGUUAAAUGUUAGUCCUGCUGAGGAUGUGGAGGAACUAUUGAGAGUCGAAGAUGAUUUUGAAAAAAUGUUGCAAGUGAGCUCUAAGCCCAAGCUUAAACCCAAACCCAACGCAGCAUCUAAGCCAGCAAUACCUAGGAAACCGGUGAUACCUGAGAAAAAAUUGUCAUCUUCUCCAACCCGAACGGGACAGCCGGAGGAAGAGAAGAUCCAAAUCAUGGAUGAGAUGGACAUUCUCAAAUACAUUAAGGAAAAUGAAUCCCUCAGUAGUGCAGAGCCAAGCCUUUUCUGAAGCACUUGCUGCUCGUAGACUUUCCACCGGAAGGAUUUCCAUCUACCACCUGCGUCCUGGAUGUCUAGCGUGCCUUGGACCCGUGUCCUUGGUUGCCCUUUUGAUUGGUCCUUUGGCUCCAUUGGUUUGUUUUAAAACAAUGGAAUUUGAUAUUGGGGUUAGAAUUCUGCAAAAAGUUAUGAAGUUUUUACCACAGAGCCACGAUGUUUUAAUUAACAAUGCCUUGUUUUUUAAAAAAUGUCAAAGACUGUGGCCAGAACUGAGCCGAUAAAAAGAAUGUUGCUAACCUUUGAGCAAAUGGAUUAUUAUUUGGCUUGAAAAGUUUCGGAGGUCAAAAUUAAUAAACGGAACUAGCAUGGUUGGAUUAAAUAUUGACACUAGGUUGGAAUUGUUGUUGUUGAAUAGAAGUGGUUUAUGUCCAGAUUGUUUUCAAAACUUCUUGGAAAAAUAUCACUGAAAUUCAAGGAACAUGCAUAAAAGCAUUUUUUCAGAGUCAUAUUUCUCCUUUAAGGGUUAUAAUGCAUUGAGUCUAGAUCCUUGGGAGCCUGCCUAAGUGCUUUCUGUAUGAAUGGCCUUAUUUAUCUCUCAAUUUUCUGAUCAGAUGGUAGGUUUUUUGUGGUACGCUGGAGCCAGCUUGAAAUGUCUGCAGAAUAUGGCAGGGGAAGCGUCUGCAAGAGAUUCCAGAAUAAUGAUGUGAAUGAUGGCUGUUUUUAAUAUCUUUGUAAUUUGGGGGCAGUCCCAUCAUCAGCGUUAAGAAGGGUGCUUCUUUUUGAUGUUAAAGACUCAUCUCCCAUUAUUGUUCGGUGGGAAGAAAAGUAUCAUUUGUUAGGUGCCAAACCCCCAAUGUUUGUGGCAGGAUUAGGAAAAUGAACAGCAGCACCUCAGUUUUGAUAGUUGAAUUAAAUAUAUGAUAGUUGAAUUGGAUAAGAGCUAAUUAAUUAUUUGACAGCAUACUCUUUUUUAUAUGAACAUCCUAUGUUUUUCACUCAGGUGACCCAGCCCCAACAAAGUAAAUUAAGCCAUAAUACCAAAUAUUUAAUAACUAGUUAACCUGUCUGGAUUGCUUUCUGAAUCUAGAACUGAGUGAAUGCAAAAAAAGCAGUUAAAGCACUUUAAAAUAUGUACAUGUUUAAUGCAUAGUGUUCCAUUUAUAAGUAUAUAAUGCUUUAUUUUAAAUAAAAUGAAAUGAUUAAGCACUACUAAUACAGUAUUAAACGUGUCCCUUGAGGAGUAAAUAACAAACACAACUGGAACAAAAUAUAAGGUGAUGCAAUAAAAUAAGAAAAGAAGUUAAUUGUGCAGGAUGAGUACUAUUUGUUAUCUUUUCUCAUCUGCAAUCAGAAUGGACAAUUCUCUCCUUUAUUGUAAGGGGCAAUGAAUUGAAGAGGAGAGAAAAGCUCCUUUUUUUCUUUUGCUCUACAGCAAAAGGGUGGCCCGUACCCGUUUGCCUUCUUUUCAUCAUCCCUUUUCCUAUUUCAAACAUCCCUUUCUUUCAUGCCAGCUGUAACCAAUUCUUCUCAAAGGUAUUUUUGACAUUGGUCCUAAGAGGGCUGUAUAACAUUUAACUUAUUCUAAACAGAACAGUAUCCUUAAAAACAAUCCCUAAUUUAGAAAUGUUAGUACUAGACAAGGGGUACCAUGAAUAUGUUGGUGUAGUUUUUUCUAAAUAUAACUGGGUUAGUGCUGAGAAACAUCUUGGCUGCAGUUGACUUAUGAUCAGUUGGGGAAGCAACCUGCAACAUGAGAAAGAAGACAAGUAGUUAUAGACAAGAGAGAGCUGUGACCUUCUCAGAGGUCUUAUGGGUUUGGCUGUGCCAAAAAUGAGACUCACCUGUUUCUCUGGCCCUAUGCUAUUGCCUGUUCUCCUGUCAGGUAGGGAGAGUGAAAAAUCAGACCAAAUCAUAGAUAAAUGAUCCAAUAAGAAUACAAAAUCAAAACUAGAAAUGGUUGGUUGCACAAGCACCGUAGAAUGUAUGGAUUUGUGACAGUAUAAUUGGAUUUGUUCUCCUGUGAUAAUGUUGCAAAAUAUUUGAUAUCCUGAAGAAUCUUUAAAAUUCUGUUUUUCAACAGGAUAUCUGAUUUGUACUUUUUAUAUCAUUAUAUUAAAAUGCCAAAUAGAAUUCCACAGAUUUGACUCUUUAGUUUACUUUUGUGACUUGAUGAUAACCAUACAAUUAUUUUAAAGAUUUUCUAUAUUUCCUUGAAGUUUCUAUUGAAGGCUUUUAAUUUUAAAAUAAUGAUUUACAUUCGGGAUACAACAUGUGGUAUGUUGCCCUGAAUAUUUCAUUGGAAACGUAUUUUACAUAAUAAAGUAUAUUUCUGUGCUAUAUUUUGCCUUUGAGAGAUGAGCUGGAAUAAAUAAAACAACAAUAAAAGUUGUUGGACUAAA